UGCGUAGUUGUCAUGUUUCUGCGCUUUUGCUGUUAUUGUCAAUACUUGAAGAAUUCUUAUACAUCAAAUUAUUGGACUCAUUGUCGAGCCCCUCCUUCCUUUGUCUCAUCAUUUUUGUUGGGUCCUUCCUUCUAGCUUUCCUAUGUCUUCAUAAGAGCAGCAGCUCUAGGGUGGGCCCCAGUCCCCCCUGCACCCUCCUUGAAUCCGCGUUAUGUUUUAGUAUAAUAAAAGUGUGGGAGGAUUCUGGAGAGAAGAUGACUCCUCACCGUCGCAGAACAUUCAAAGUAUUGUUGAUUUUAGCAUUGCUAUUGUUCAUCGCCGUAAGCACAGCUGAAGGAGUAUCGGACGACCCGGGGAACACUUACUCAGGCGCUGGUCCACCUCCGUUUACUUCCGGGGAUGAAUAUUACUCUUUUAUUGUUAGCCAACAACAAAUGUCACUGGAGCAGGGUGGUUAUGGCGUCCAUCGUGGCGUGGACCCUUUUACGGAGAAAUUGAGCAUGGCUAUGAUGAAGAUUAACGAAGGAAAUAAAAUGAGAGAGGAAGGAAAUAAGAUGAUCGAGGAAGGAAAUAAGAUGAUCAAGGAAGGAAUUAAGUCCCUCCUUGAUAUGAGACCAUAUUGGAGCAAGCGGACUCGGUAUGCUAAUGAUCACCAUCCUGCUAGGCUGGAGGCAGUAGGACCAUCGAGCCAGGCACAUAACAUCAACGAAGAACGCCCAGGCCAGAAUCAUAAGUUUAAGCUUUGUUUCCAUGGCAGUUUGAAGCCUUGCAUCAUCUACACAAACAUACCCUUACCAGUACAGAGCGACAAAGGAAUAGAGAUUGUGAUAUGCAGGGAUGAUCAAAUAAUCACAUCGGGUCACCUUGCUUCACUGACAGUGGAAAUUGUGGCUUUAGAGAGCGACCAUUCCUGCAAAGGUGAGUGGACGGAAGAGGAUUUUGACCGCCAAAUAAGGAAGAGCCGAGAUGGAGGAGAAUCUGUGCUGGACGGAGAACGACUCGUGAAGCUAGUCAAUGGCAAGGCCUCUCUUGGUAACAUUCGCUUCAAGGAAGGCUCCACGGGGACACGCACUAGGGAGUUCGUCCUUGCGGCGAGAGUUUGUAGAAGUGAAAACAUUGAAGGACCUCGGGUUGAAGAGGCGUUCAUGCACCCUCCUUUCACCGUGAAGGUAGAGCGGAGCAAGGCAAAUGAAAAGAGUCCCCUUCCAAAGUUGGAUGACAAAGUAUAUUGUUUGAAGGGAAUAGCAAGGGGUGGAGUUUACCAUAAAAGGCUCGAGCAGAAGAACAUAUGUACGGUGCAGGAUUUCUUAAAGGCUUUUAAUAGAGAUCCAUAUCAGCUCAGUCAGGUUCUGAAUAUUGAAUUAAAGCAUGCUUCCUGGGCAACUAUUGUUGAGCAUGCGAUGGAAUGUGAUCUCACAGACAAAAACGAACUGAAAUCAUACAAGGUUGAAACAGAAAAUGUCACGUUCUUCUUCAAUUGUGUGGAUGAUCUUAUCGGAGCAGAAUUUCAUGAUAACUCUGAUGCAGAGGGCAAGUUUAAAUUGUUUAAUGACAAGGAAAAGGCUCAAGCGAAGACAUGUUUAAAACAGGCAUACAAUAAAUUGGAUGCCAUUGAAUUUGACUAUGUUAUGGAUGGCAAUCGUCCUGUCAAAAUCUUCUCAAAUAUCAUUGCUGCUGCUGGGAGCACAUCCAUUCCAAUGUUGUUAGGGCCAACACAACAAAAUGCUCCUACUACUCCUAGUCAUCAAGCAAAGUUUCAAGGAUCUGAGAACUUUGUGAGUAGUCCUGCUUCUGGGAUUGAUUGCGCACCUGGCCUUCCUCUUGGAGAUGCAAACCGCAACGCUGCAAGACCGACUGCAUCAGGACCAUCUCAUUUAGUUCAUGACGACAGACAUUUAAACCAAGGUCUAGGUCAGAAUGACAUUCCUCAAGGAGACCUCAAUUGCAGUGCUGAUGUGGGCAUCGAUGAUGUCUGGGAAUCACUCAAAGAACUCGAACAAACUAUUAAUAUGCCAGAAUGUUCAGGGAUCACCGGUGCACCGGGCAUGCCGUCCUUUUCUCCAAAUGUGCACGGUACAACUUUUGUCGCUUUGGCACGUGAAAGAAAAGAGAUACAACUCCCUCAAUCCAAAAAUAUAAUAAUUUCUAGUUGGUUUAAUUUGUUCUGCAGUUUGAUUAAUCUUGUAGAAACAAUAUUUGUGAUGUCGAAUUAAUUAGUACUAUUCAUUCGCAAAUACAUUUGUUUAGUUUACUUUUUUGAUAUGGUGUGUUGAUACUUACUCUUAUAUAUAAAGUUGAUCAAACUUAAUAUGGUUUUGGAUAAACCAAGAAAUGCUUGUACUUUAGCAUAGAGCUAUAAUUUUACAGGAUCAUUUAUGUAGGCACAUGAACUGCAAAAGGACCUAUAACCUAAUAUGAUAAUUCCUUCUAGUGUAAAUUGCUUUUAGAAAAUAAUAAAAGCAGUUACUUUUCUUGUAGCGUAGAUGAUAAUCGCUAUAUAAUCACAUAGGUAGGUUAUCUGCUAGGCAUUGAGGACAUUCUGAUGAUUCCCUAUUUCCUUUUGACGUUAUUGAUAUUAGAAAUUUUGGUAAUAUAAGUCUUCUUUUUACUUGGUCCUUUUUGAUCUUUUACUAAGUCUCAUGAUCUGCGAUUCCCACUGUUUUAAAUUAUACGACUUUCAUUUCACUAGGACAAACAUUUGGCCAACAAUUACUCUACCAAUGCAUAAUUUUUGUAAAAAAAAUUAUGCUGUUAGAUUCAUAUUCAAAAGUACUGUCCUAUGAUUAUACUUUUGUAUCACAUAAUUGUGACAUUAAUAGAGUAAUUGUUGGUCAAUGUAUUAUCCUAACAAAACAAAAUAUGUCUCAUAAAAUGGAUUAGAUGGAGUAAUUAAUUAGAAAUUAGAUAAGUUAUUGCAUUACAAAAACCUGGAUAGAUGCGUGAGAAGAAAAUAUGGAUUGCCAUCUUCUCAAAAUAUUUAUAUUUGAUUUGAGAAACAAACUGCUACUGUUUGUAAAAAGCAAAAACGACAAUAUUUUUUCCACAAUAACAUUGAAGAUAAGCACGGCAUAAGAAUUGCAGACUGAUCCAU